GCAUUAGAUGCAUUCUUCGUCGGCCUUUUUUUUUACGAUUUAGUAUGCAAAACAGAUAAGAGUCAUGUACUACUCAAGGUUUCGCAAUCACAGCUUCGUUAUCGCCUUAGUCGCUGGCAUCACGUCCGUCGCAAUGCUGUGGUUGGUUCUACGCCGCAGCGGCUUUAACACGACCUAUAGCCGCUGCAACUACCUCGUGAUGAUGGGGGAAUACAAGCAGCGUCUGGAAGCGGGAACCUUCCCCAGUAAUGUGCACUUGCCACCUCAUCUCCGCCUGGAUAAGCUAUCGUACCUGGAUUUGGCCGAAACGGAGCUGGCGCUGCCCCCGAUGAUUGACUUCUCGCUGAACGAGAAGGAUCAGAUUCGUCGUCUGGAGCAUCAUCUGCCCUCCCCGGAGCGGAAGGAUGUGAAGCUGCAGCUCGGGCCCAUCCGCACUCAUACGGUGAUGAUGACGCCGCAAUCCACGGAGCGGUAUGUGCGACGUCGUAUGGGAAUCACGCCGCGCGAUCAGGAGAUGCUGGAGAAGGAAAGAAUGCAUGAAUGA